CUGACGCCCGUUGAGGGAGCACACUGGGCGGGCAGGUCGGUGUAAAGACCGGGACGCUUAAUCUUUCAUCUGGAGAAUGGCCGCUUCAGCGAUAACAGGAUUGGCGUAUCCACAAUAGUUUCUGACCCAUAUUGCCGGCAAAAAAAACACGUUGUUUUCAUCGUUCCAAAGAAUCAAGUGGGACUCUGUUCUGGACAGCCGGUUUCCGCUGCGCGCAAUCACAGCUCCAGGACCAGCGCUGGAGUCGGUGCGCUCUGGCAGAAAGCGUCCAGCCUCCUCAUUUCUGGGAUCAGACUGGAGUCAGUGUUCCUUUCCAUGCCUCCUAAUCUCAGAUGCCCUCCGUUUUUUGCGGGGAAACCGCUGUAAACCGGCCUGAGUUUUUCUUUUUUUCGCUCUUCACUUACUUUUCAUCGAGGGAGAAAUAGAGGAGAAACAGUGUAAGUUUUCGCGUGUGUCGAACUGGAGGGGAGGACGAGAUGGCAGCCCCGGUGAAAGCAGCAUUGGCUCUCCUGGUUCUCACCGUGGCAACUGCCUUGUGUGCGGAGGUAGAGGAGCGCCUGGUGAGUCACUUGUUGUCACCGGAGCGCUACAACAAGCUGAUCAGACCAGCUGUCAACAACAGCCAGCAGGUCACCAUUUACAUCCAGGUGUCCCUGGCCCAGCUGAUUAACGUGAAUGAGAGAGAGCAGAUCAUGACCACCAACUGUUGGCUCAGUCAGGUAUGGAAUGACUACAGAUUAAUGUGGGACCCAGAAGAGUACGAGGGAAUCAAGAAGAUCCGGCUCCCGUCACAACACAUCUGGCUACCAGACAUAGUUCUGUACAACAAUGCUGAUGGGACCUAUGAAGUGUCCUUCUACUCCAAUGCUGUGGUCUCCAACAACGGUGAGGUGAACUGGCUCCCACCAGCUAUCUACAAGUCAGCCUGCAAAAUCGAAGUUCGGGAUUUCCCUUUUGACCAGCAGAACUGCACCCUCAAGUUUCGCUCCUGGACUUAUGACCACACUGAGAUUGAUCUCAUACUCCUCAGUGAUUAUGCCUCACGGGAUGACUUCAAACCCAGCGGUGAGUGGGACAUUGUUUCGCUUCCUGGACGCAAGAAUGAGGAUCCCAAUGACAUCAGGUACCUUGAUAUCACCUAUGACUUUAUUAUCAAGAGAAAACCACUGUUCUAUACCAUCAACCUGAUCAUUCCCUGCAUCCUGAUCACAUCGCUGGCCAUUCUGGUUUUCUACCUCCCGUCAGACUGUGGUGAGAAGAUGACUCUCUGCAUCUCUGUUCUCUUGGCCCUGACUGUGUUUUUACUCCUUAUCUCAAAGAUUGUGCCACCCACUUCUUUAGCAGUGCCUCUGAUUGGGAAGUACCUGAUGUUUACAAUGGUACUUGUCACCUUCUCUAUCGUCACCAGCGUCUGUGUGCUCAACGUCCACCAUCGGUCCCCCAGUACACACACCAUGCCUCCUUGGGUCAAGCGCAUCUUCCUGUACCAGCUCCCCUCCUUCCUAUUUAUGCGCAGACCCGGUAGCUCCAACAUCCGAGAGAAGUUCCGGAAAAAGCACCAGCAGAAAUCCUUCUCUGACCAGAAGCUGUGUAGUGUAGAUGGAGGGACGGGGCCUCCUCUGGGAGUGGCCGAUUCGUCCUCAUCUUUCUUUGUGAAUGAGGAGUCAGCCAAACGCUAUGGCUGGAAGAUCAGUGACUUGUCAGAGAAUACAGAGUUUAGGAAGAGGAUGACACUCAAAAGCAAUAUUGAUGUGGAAGAUGCAGUGGAUGGAGUGCGCUACAUUGCUGACAAAAUGAAGGGCGAGGACGACGAUGAGGGGAUCAUCGAAGACUGGAAAUACGUGGCAAUGGUGAUUGAUCGUCUCUUCCUGUGGAUCUUUGUGUUCGUGUGUGUGGUUGGCACAUUGGGCCUCUUCAUGCAGCCUCUGUUCCAGAGUUACAAUACCCCCAUUGUUGAUGACAUUGAAUCUAACACUGAAACCUGAAGUUUGAUAACAACAUGAUCCAGACAUGAACUAUGACUCUCUCCUGAAAAAGAGCUCUGUCAACAUAUUCACACAUAAACUCACACGUCAGCCAUCCAGAACACGCUCACCGGGAAAUAGUAAUAACGCACUUUAGCCCUCUCCCAACACCUGUUCCCUUAUUUAAAAGCAACCCUUCUCUAUUCAGAUCCCAUGUUUUCCGCCAUCUUUUCCGUCACGUAUUUGUCAUUCACAGACAAACUUUAGUAUACUUAUUUAAGUCAACUUUAUCUAUAAUUCUGGUAUGCAACAACUUGGGUCUUGGAACAUGGUAGAAUUGCUGACUCCAAACCAAGGAGCCUCUGGGGCUGAAACAUGAAGCCACUGAAGUGCCAAAAUUUACAGUACCUUAAAGGCCACUUGAAGCAGGCUACAAAAGUUUAUCACAAAAGACUAGUUAUAAAAGACUCCAAUUUCAAAUGUGGAUCUUUACAGCAGGAUCAAGCAUGUAUACAGCUUGGUACAAAAAUAACAAGUUCAGUAUCUAGAGCUAAUUCUACCUUUCAUAGGAUCCAGCAGUUCAUUUUAUUCAACUCACCAUUUUAAAAAAUACAUGUGUUCAAACUAAUGCAUAAAUAAGGGCAUGUCAGCUUCAUUUUAGUGAAUUUGCAUUAUUUAAUUGACCUUCUGGUAUCUAUCUUUUGACCACAUAAGACAAAGACGCAAAACAGGGGGGACAAUGACUUGCAUCAAAGGUCUCUUGGCUAAAUGUAUAAUCCCAAGGGCUGAGUGCACCAGCUGGGCAUAGUCUGUGUGUAACCUUACGUUAGACUUAGAGCUGAAAGUUACAACCAACGUAAUGUUAUGCCCUGUGCACCAGUUAGACUUAAGCCCUGUUUGUGUUACACCAUGAUGUAACUGUUGUGCCAAGGAUGGAGUACACAUAAGCUUGUAAAAUCAGACUAGUCUGCAUUUUUAAGGUGAUAAAACCAGAAAAAAGUAAUGGUAAUAGAACUUGAAAGGAAAAUACUGUAUGAUGGUGGUGUGUCUUUUUCACAAGAUGGCAUUUAGGGGAGAUAGAGAAAGAGUGUACUCUGUGAUCAGACACUACUCAGACAAUGAGGUUUUGUUUUGGAAAGAAAGCCUUGUUUGAAAAAAUAGGUCUUCCCCUCAACUUAACUGUGGCAUGUGUGGGACAGAAACACAGUGAUGUCACUGCCCUGAUUGCGCUAAGUUUUUAUGCAAAUAAGGUUGUCAACUCUGAGUUGUCUAUGUAGUCCAUUCCUGUGAAAGUGUGGGAAUCCUCUCCAGAUAUGUCAAAGAGUGUGUUUACAUGGCCAUUAGUAUCCCAGUUUGAUCUGGUUUUGAAGAUUCCUUUUUUGUAUUUGUGCAUGUAAACUUCAUAUCCCAGAUUCAGAAACCUGAAGAAGCCCUUAUCCCAGUCUUGAGGAACACAUUUUUUUCUAGCUGGAGAAACCCAAAAGAAAAUGGGAUGCUGUGGCAUAAAUACGUUUCUGCCAGCUGCCAGCUACCUGCCCAGGCAUAGCCUCAGCCAAGUAACAUAUCAGUAAAACAAACGUGGUGCCAACAGCAGGAGCGUCUUACUUCUGGAGCAACAAAGAAACUAAGUUUUGAAUUUCGGCAAUGAAAGAAUUACAUAUAAUUGGAAGUUAAGCUAGGAGAGAGUGCCUACUGUCCCACGUGCGUACCCUCAUCCGUUGCUCCCCCGUCCUACAUGGUAGCAGUGACAGACAGAGGCUGUUUUCGAAACAGCCUGCUACAUACUACCUACUAAUGUAGUAGGCAGUAGGUAUUGCCUACUACAUAC